AUGACCAGUGGCAGAAAGCGAACUCGAAAUGGAUGCUGGACGUGUCGUGAGCGGAAGAAGAAGUGCGACCAGGGCGGUCCCCCAUGCAAUAAUUGCACCAAGUUGAACCUGGACUGCAAGACCGAAGUCCGUGUGGUAUGGGAGGACGACAGCAAACGGGCGGCUAUGAAGCGGCGAGGGCCACCGAGCAAAGCGCGUGUCUCUAUCAAGACUUCACAAUCCAGCGACGAUAACACCAAGCCGUUCUCCCCCAAGACUUCGGACAGAGUGAUUCACCAACGACCAUCUCCAUAUCCAAGACCUCUGGACUCUCUGGAUGCGUUGCUGCUGGAGAACUACGUGGAACGAUUCAGCAGGACGUAUCCGACGCAAUCAGGGCCGCGGAAUCCCUUCCUCUCAAUCUUGCUUCCCAUCGCCAUGCGCAGUACCGUUGUAUUCGACUCACUUUUGUGUCUUUCAAGUGCAGGGUUGUGGGACAGCGCACACGAAUCUAUGAAGGUAAAACGUCUGGCAUUGCGGCAGCAGGCCCUCCGGGGUUGUGCACUACUCUUGAAGGCCCACCAAAGCGGUGGUGUUGGCGAUGCGGAUCCAUCCGCUCUUCUGGCAAGCUCGACGAUGUUCCUGUGCUAUGAGAAGAUCAUGGGAGAAUUGAACUGGAGACCUCAUAUCCAGUUCAUAAACCGGUUCUUCGAGAGACAGGGCUCUGGCAAGCACAAGUCGCCCAUCGCCCAUCCAGAUGCAUUUGAGUUCUUUCGCAGUUUUCUGGUCUACAACAACCUGGUUCAGUCUACCUCCUCGCUGAGACCAACAUCAUGUUCCUUCUACGCCCAUGCAGAUCACAUUGGCACGGUAGAGGGAUACCCCAGCAGCGUAGACCGAAAUGACACCUCACGGCGGAACUACUAUCCCAACCUCGUAGCAAGAUUGGCUGCUGGCGAUGCAUCUGUCACUGAGUUCGACAUACAACAGUGGGAUGGGAGCUUGAGUUUUCUCCCCAGCUUUGCCUUGGAGAGCGCCACGACAAGUGAUCAGAAUCAAAGCGGGAACGAUCUUGCUGUCGUCAAAGACCUGUACCGCCUCGCAGCGACUAUUUACAGACUCCAGGGUGCCGCUCAUCAUACAUCUGAGCCUCUCGGCACAGAUCAAACACUAAGCUUGGAGCAGCUAACAGCGCAUGCUGUUCUGCGAAUGUCACUCCUUCCUGCAGGCUCCUCUUACGAGAAUGCCCUGUUGUGGCCAUUGGCAAUCGUAGCACGUGCUUUGGGCUCCAGUCAAGUUAUCGAGAGAACUGUGGUCUUGCAUCGGCUGCAGUACCUGGAGAAACGAUUCGGUAUGCGACAGUUCAAACGUGCUCAAGACGUCUUGGUCGAGCACUGGAUUAUGCAAGACGCCGGACAGUGCUCUUACGCAGCCCCAGACCAUCCUGUAGGCACGAUUCUGUUGGGAUGA